CAGGUCCAUUGAAGAAAAGCUCAUUCAAGUUUAGUGAGUCACAGGGAGCAUGUCGUGUUGACCAGUGUGCACGGUUGUGUUGUUUUUGUGUGGGGAUCAAAGUCACCGAUUUCUUUCGGUAUAUCAAGGGAAACACUCCAACGAAGAAGGGGGAGAUACUGUGGCGUUGGAGCCCCUUCACGCCAAGCCAAGGCCCCUUGUUGGGAUAUUUUGGACACACAGGCAGUAUGGAUGGAUUUUAUGACCAGCAGGUUCCCUAUAUGAUUCCCCCUAAUAAAUCUCAUGUGGAAGUGUCAUGUAUGAGAACAUCCAGUGACAGGAAGCGAAAGUUUGUGGACGCGGAACUUGCCCAAGACACAGAAGAACUCUUUCAGGACCUGAGUCGACUGCAGGAAAUCUGGAUUGCAGAAGCUCAGGUGCCAGAUGACGAGCAGUUCGUCCCCGACUUCCCCUCUGAUAACCUGAUGCUCCAUGGCCCCCCGGCAACUAAGAUCAAGCGGGAGCUCAGUCCGUCAAAAGAGCCGCCGGCCUGCAGUCGAGCGCAGCACCUCAGCCGCUACGGGGAGACGUGCCUUUACAGCUACAGUGCCUACGACAGAAAACCCACAGUCGGGUUCAAGCCAUUAACUCCCCCCACCACGCCCAUCUCGCCAUGUGGCUCCGUUCACACCCAGGCUCCGCAGCCCCAGCACCCGGACCGAGCGGUUAGGCCCCUGCAGACGCCAGCCGCAGUUACCCCCAGCACGGCCCACACCCCGAGGACACUGCCCCUGCAUGGACAGAGCCCCCCCUUCGUGGUGCCCUGCCCACCCGUCAGUCACUCUGAUGCCCCCUACAACACUGAGCACAGGUUUCACCGGCAGCUCUCAGAACCCUGCCUGCCCUUCUCGCCCUCCGGGGGGCAGAGCCACCCCCGUUUUCUGCCCCAUGCGCACAAUGGCCUGCCACACGAUGGACGGCCCCAGUACCACCGGCAGAUGUCGGAGCCCCUCGUGCCCAUGGCCCCGCAGGGAUUCAAGCAUGCCAAGCAGGGUGCCCAGGACCUGCCAGCUGCUUUCCCCUCACCCGCCAUUAAGCAGGAGCCCCGGGAUUUCUGCUUUGACUCUGAAGUGCCUAACUGUCAGUCCCAGUUUGGGAGAGCCGCAAACUUCUACCAAAGCACCUCUGACGGUUUCGCUUUUGACAGAGACUCACAGCUGUACUAUGACGACACCUGUGUGGUUCCUGAGAGGUUGGAUGGGAAGGUGAAGCAAGAGCCGACAGUGUAUCGCGAGGGGCCCCCCUACCAUCGGCGAGGCUCCCUGCAGCUCUGGCAGUUCCUGGUCACCCUGCUGGACGACCCCGCCAACGGCCACUUCAUCGCCUGGACGGGCCGCGGCAUGGAGUUCAAGCUGAUUGAGCCUGAGGAGGUUGCCAGACGCUGGGGCAUUCAGAAGAACAGGCCGGCCAUGAACUAUGACAAGCUGAGCCGCUCGCUGCGUUACUACUAUGAGAAGGGCAUCAUGCAGAAGGUUGCUGGUGAGAGGUACGUUUACAAGUUCGUGUGCGACCCCGAGGCCCUCUUCUCCAUGGCCUUCCCUGACAACCAGAAGCCGAGCUUGAAGGCUGAUCCGGACAGCCUGCCCGGAGCAGAGGAGGACACCCUGCCCCUGACACACUAUGAUGAGAGCGCCUCCUACCAGUCUGAUGGAGGAGAGCAGUGUGUUGCAAGAGUUCCGUUCCCCGACAGCUAUGUGUACUGACAGUCAUCCGACUCCGCCGCCCAGCCCCAGCAACCAGUGUGUCUAUACUGCUGACUGAAUGGGACAUUAACCCCCCCCGCCGCCCCCCUCCCCCACCUCCCCAUCUCUUAGCAAUGUGUGGAUCCAGAAACAUGCCAUGUGAGGAAGAAGAAUCUGGAAAGAUGAGGAAGGGGACACACCGUUUGAGGGGGGGAUUGCGCUCCAGGGAAACAGGCCAUCAGACCCUCAAGACUGUUGGGAGUUUUGUUGCUGGCAGCCAAAAUUGUAGCAUUUCUGUACUGACAAUCUUUUCUAAACGUAAACGCGCAUUCUAUAAUUAAAAGAUCAAAACACAGCACUCCUAUAGUUGCCUUUUUGGUCCCCCAAGUAAUUUUACAUUUUUAAGUCUUCAUAAUGAAAGCUACAUGAUAUGUAAGGGCUUUAUAUCAAGGGGAAAAUAUUGACUUUGUACUUGGUCAAACACUAAAUUUAUGAAAGUUUUAUAUAACUUCUCGGCUAGGACAUUCAUGAGAUUACCCUGUGGCUCAGGGCAAAGGGCUGCGUCUGACAGGAAACAGCUUUCCUGAGUUGUCGUUCGGCCCGGGCGCACCUUCCGGUAAGAAAUACUCAGAUGGACUCUACUUGGCUCCACGGGACUGUUAGACAAUUCAUCAAACAGAUCCACACCAGGACACUCCAAGAAGGACAGCUUUUCUGUCUCGAAGUGUUUUUUUUUUUUUUUAAUUUAAGCGAUUUAAACUCCAAAGGGAUGCAUAUAGCAGGAUUCUCCCUUUGCCCCUCUUGAAUGCUUGCAAUUUACCCUUUUUUUUAAAUUGUAGAAGCAACACUACUUUGGCACUGUGCUCCAGUGAUUUUCUAAAAUGUAAUGGGGGUGACGUGGACUCGCAUGUCUGGAGGGAAAUUUCUGCUCUUGCUCCACCCCUCCACGGGGAUCCUUGAUGGGAGCCCAUCGCUUCCCCUGCAUGAUGUGCUGAUGGGCAACUAACAUCGCUUUCUUUUAUGAGAAGAAACCGUGACGUUUUCUGCAUUUAUUUCCUGGGGUUAUUUUUGAAGGUAGAAGACACUAUAUAUACACAUAUAUAAAUAUGCAUAUAUUUUUGCAAAGCCUGCAACUGUUUGAUUUGUUCUUCAAGCUGUAUAAAUCUGCUGUUAUAUAUCAUGUAAUCUGCAAUGGGGUGAUUUACUGCAAAGGGAUGUCCUUAGAGAGACUCUGAGUUUGUCUAAUGUCCCUUGUCCUUUUUCACAACUGGGACACCUGCAUAUCACCUCUGUCAUCACAAUGUGUACUUUACACUGCUGCGUUUAUAAUCUGUUCUGAGUACAAUAAACAGUCCUUAAUGCUU